AGUUGACUGUGGGUCCGCAUACCAGCCCCUACAUGGCUUUUGUUCAGGCAGUGUCGUAGCCUACCUUGACUGUAUUUCACAAGGCGGAGUUUGGGGUCUUUCAGUCUCUCUUUUCGCCGUACCCGCCAUCUUGUAGAGACCGGGGAAAUCAGGCAUCAUGACGAACACCAGAGGAAAGAGGAGGGGGACGAGGUACAUGUUCAGCAGGCAGUUCCGCAAACAUGGUCCAAUUCCUCUGUCCACUUACAUGCGCAUCUACAAGAAAGGAGAUAUUGUUGAUAUCAAGGGCACAGGUACCAUCCAGAAGGGAAUGCCCCACAAGUGCUACCACGGCAAGACAGGUCGUGUGUACAACGUUACCCAACAUGCUGUCGGCAUCAUUGUCAACAAGCAGGUCAAGGGAAAGAUCCUGGCCAAGAGGAUUAACGUGCGUAUUGAGCAUGUGAAGCACUCAAAGAGCAGGGACAGUUUCCUGCAGCGCGUCAAAGCCAACGAGGCCAAGAAGGUGGAGGCCAAGCAGUUGGGCAGCUGGAUUGAGCUGAAGAGACAGCCUGCUCCUCCCCGUGAUGCUCACUUCAUCACCACCAAGAAGAACGUGCCCCAGCUGCUGGAGCCCAUCCCCUAUGAGUUCAUGGCAUAAAAAAGUGCUGAUGAAAAUAAAACCAUUUGUACACACA